CAACUUCGAUCUUGGCUUCAAACCAAGAAACAAAGGUUCAAAACAACAGCAAAGACAACACGGCACACGACAACGGCACAAGCAAUUGCAAAUUUUAGCUUGAUUGCCGCAACAUCGUCAACGMCACCGYGCAAUACCGUAAAAUCAAGGGCUGUAACUGUAACAUUUGCAUCUUUAUUUCCAUUCGAGUUCAAGCAUGAGCGACAGCGACGACAGUGUCGAAAUUUCCGACGUCGAGUUGAGCGACGACGACAGCACCCUUCCGAGCGACGACGAGGAUCCCAAUGCAAGCGCGGGAGCUCCGCGGGGGAAGGGACGUAUCAGUUACGUGGUGGAGGACGAUAUCGACCACGAGGAAAUUGGCGACGACACGGCGCUGGCACAGAUCAAAGAGGACAAGUUUUACGAGCGGGUGAACCAUUUCAUGAACGCCCAGCGCAAGGUCGAGGAGCGCAUGCAGCGCAUCGACGCCAACGACCGGUUGAAGGCCAUCGAGGUAACCAACCACUCCGGGGGAAUCAAAGAACCCGACUCGAAUACGUACAAGACCAUGUACCAGCAACAGAACAUGAACGGGGAGCCGGCGAAGAACCUGGGCGAGGUAUACGAGACGGCCUACGGGAUCAAGCAGAAACUCCGGGACCUGCUGGAUGCGAUGGUGGACAAGGUCAAGGGGCUGGAUUACAUCGAUGCCAGGAUCGUGGAUCUCAAGCCACGCGACGCCGCCAACAACAAAGCCAGGGAGGAAUACCUGACAAGAACCCCCGGUCCUCCCGAGAGCUGGAUGUACGACGUGCUCCGGUCCACCGUGACGUGCAAGACGAUGAAGCAGGUGGAAAGCGUCAACAAGUUCCUCACCAAGAAGGCGCACAUCGUGCAGGUCAAGAAUCGCUUCCAGAUACCCGCCUUUAGCGGUUACCGCGACAUUCUCUACCACGUGUUGCUGACUUGGACGACCACGACCACAAAGCAGGUCACGUUUGUCGCCGAGAUCCAGGUCCACCACAAGGAGGUCGCCAAUCUCGAAAAGAUGUUUGGGCUCAUGAACCACUACAAAUAUUUCCGUCCCAUUUUCGCCGUGCCGGACCGUUCGGAUGUCCAGACACUGAGGGACAUUCAUCGCUUUCAAAAGGCCGGAAAGAUCAACGAGAAGCUGAUCGACAAGAUAUUCAAUAGCGUAGACGCGAACCAGCUCUACGUAUACGGAAAAUUGUUUGAUCUCAAGCUCGAGAACUACGAAUUCGCCCAGCACCUUUAUUCGCGUGCCUUGAAGAUACACUCGGCAUCGGAAUCCGGUCCAACCGUCAAGUCUGCUGCCCUGUACCAAGACAUUGGCCUCGUACAAGCCAAGCUGGGCGACUACGACCAGGCACUGAGAAGCCUGCAGAGUUGCCUCGAGCACCAACAAGAAGUCUUUGGCCAGUACAAUGCCGAGGUUGCCAUCACGCGCAGUCUCCUUGGCGAUACGAUCGUGGAGCGCGGGGACGAYAGCGGCGAGCUGCUUGAGCACCGCGGAGCCCUGCAGCAAUACAAGAAGGCCCUCGUGAUUCGAGAAAAGUGCCUCGGAGAGGACCACCURGACGUGGCCGGAUCGUACCAAAACAUAGGUCGGUCGCUCUGCAAGCUCGGAGACUUCCAGGGAGCCCUCGCGGCGUACCGGGAGUCGCUCUCGAUUCUCGAGUCCCUUCUCGGGGAGAACCACGCGGACGUUGCCACGGCCCACUGCUACCUAGGAAACGUCCUGCACGAGCAGGGCGACUUCCAGGCAGCCAUGGAAGAGUACUCCUUUGGGCUGGCCAUCCGGGAGGAGGUCUUUGGCAAGGGCCACAAGGCCACCGCCGAGUCCCACACGCUGAUCGGACAGCUCCUCACGGACGCCCAGGACUACGACGAGGCCGAGGCCCGCCACCGGCAGGCGCUCGUGCUGCGCGACACCCUCCUCGGCAAGGAGAGCCCCGAAUCGGCCGAGUCCCACUACUGGAUCGGGUACGUGCUGAACCAGAAGGGGGACUACGCGGCAGCGCUCAAGGAACACGAGACGGCCUACACGAUCCGGAGCAAGAUCCUGCCGAAGGGACACCCGGACAUCCGGGCCUCUCUGAUCAGCAUYCGGACAAACGAAAACGAGCAGCCAGAACAAUGAUGGUGCUGCCCGGCCAAUCGACGGCACGAGUGCCGGGCCGUACAGAGUCUAUCCAU